GAUUCGUGUCACGAAGUGUCUUCGAUCCGUUACUCCGCAACCGGGGCCUUACCAAAACGGCUCCACCAGCGUGCAUUUCGCGAACCGUGCGCGCUGCUGUCGAUCCGCCAAGUCCGCGCCAAUCCCGCACCGUGCCGGACGGUGUGUUGUAAUAUUAAAAAUAGCUCCACAAAGGCACUCGACGAAGCCGAGCGGUGUUUGCACGAAAUCCGAAAGCGGUUAGCAGAUUUUUCGAGCCGUAAACCGGCCGUGCUUAGAACGUGCAUACCGCGCGCGCGGUGCAUACCCAGAGUGCCGGAGUGUGAGUGCGCGAAAUCAUCGGACGAUCGACGGGCUGACGUAGUGUUGGUUGCGAGUCGGCUGUGUAGGUCGCGUAUGUUUACAUAUUUCGGUGCGUGUUGUGCGCAGAAGAAAGUGGCAACAUCGUACGAUACACCGCGGCGGCCAUCUGCCACAUAGUCACAUUUCACCCAAUCGGAACGGCAUACAAAAAAACCCACGUCCACGUGCACAAACCGCGCGGCGCGGUCGGAAAGAAAGUGACAGGCCACGACAGAUAGUUGCGUCUGUGUGUGUUUAUCGUUUUUCGAUUUGUCUCCACCGGAAGCCAGCCUACUGAGACCGGCGUGUGAAUGCCGAGCCAAGGGUACCGGAAAGUUGCAUCGGAACCUCCGAUCGAAGCGGCAAACGUUGGCGGCGACCAGGACAGUCCCUCGACCGUGAUGGCUUCUACUACGGGACCGGCGGCACCCGGGACGCCCGGCACGAUUCAAUCGAAUCCGGCCGGUAAAAUACCGGCCACCAACUCACAGCAACGACUGAUGGCACAGGAUUCGGAUUCCGCUACGUCGUCGCUGGAUGAUGCCGACAUUGAAGAGACCCGACAGGACGAUGAUGCGACCACGGUCGACACGGUGACGGGGACGGGAAGGGCCAGCGCCUGGUUCACGGUGGGCGUCCUUUGCUUCGUUAAUCUCAUCAACUACAUGGACCGGUUUACCAUCGCAGGUGUGCUCACGGAAAUACAGGAUCACUUCCAAAUCGGUGACGACGAGGGAGGCCUCCUGCAGACGGCGUUCGUCCUGUCGUACAUGAUCUGCGCGCCCAUCUUCGGGUAUCUGGGCGAUCGGUAUUCCCGCAAGUGGAUCAUGGUCCUCGGGGUUUCGCUCUGGAGCACGACCACCCUGCUCGGAUCGUACAUGAACCACUUCGGAUGGUUCAUCACGUUCCGCGCCCUGGUCGGCAUCGGCGAGGCGUCGUACAGUACGAUUGCCCCGACGAUCAUCUCCGAUCUGUUCGUUGGCGAUAUGCGCUCCAAGAUGCUGGCCCUGUUCUAUUUCGCCAUUCCGGUGGGAUCCGGUUGCGGGUACAUUAUCGGUGCGGAAAUGGCCAGCCUGAUGAACUCGUGGGUCUGGGCACUGCGCGUGACACCGGUGUUGGGUGCAAUCGCCGUAGCACUCAUCAUUAUGCUGCGGGAACCGGUGCGCGGGCAAAGCGAAGCGUCCCACCACAUGCAGGCCACCUCGUACACCAAGGACAUCAAGGCGCUGGUUCGAAAUCGCUCGUUCAUGCUGUCGACCGGUGGGUUCACCUGUGUCGCCUUCGUAGCCGGAGCCCUCGCCUGGUGGGGACCCAAGUUCAUUCACCUCGGGCUAAUGUCACAGGCGGGCAACGAACACGUUACGCUCAACGACGUGUCGUUCGUGUUCGGUGCCAUUACGAUGUUGACCGGUAUCAUAGGCGUACCGCUCGGUUCGUACCUCUCGCAGCGCUACAGCACAAAGUACCUGCAGGCCGAUCCGUACAUUUGUGCGUUCGGCUUGAUCGUGAGCUCGCCGCUGCUGAUCGGCGCAAUGCUCAUGGUUCGCGUCAACAUUUACGCGACGUAUGUUCUAAUCUUUUUCGGCGAACUAGCACUGAAUCUCAAUUGGGCGAUCGUAGCGGACAUUCUUCUGUACGUGGUGGUGCCAACGCGGCGUUCCACCGCCGAAGCGUUCCAGAUCUUGAUUUCACACGCACUCGGUGAUGCCGGUAGUCCAUACUUCGUUGGCCUGAUGUCCGAAGCUAUUAAGCGAGUAAUUCGGUUGUCGUCCGAUGCCUACGCUGGCAUCGAAUCGAUGCGGCCUUCCAUCAGCAUGCGCAGCCUAUCGCAGUUGGCAGAAAACGCAACCGCGACGACACUGGAAACGCUCAGCACCAGCACCACCCCGGCGCUGGAACUGUCCGGCCUCGGUAUGGGACCAGAGGACGAUACGCCUCUGGUGAAGUUCCGUGCCCUGCAGUACUCCCUCUUCUCGACGUGCUUCGUCGAGAUUCUAGGCGGACUGUUCUUCAUGGUGACCGCCAUCUAUAUCGUGCGUGAUAAAGCACGCGCUUCGGCGGCCGUCCAAAGCUGUCAGCUAGAAUUAAGCGAAAGUUCCGGUUCCGCUUCCGAUGGUAAUGCUACCGACGAUGGUCUGCGCCAGGCAAUCGGUCCGCUGUGCACCGGUGCACCGUGCGAUGGCGGCGUCCACGAGCACCGACGCCCGUUUGCGGCGUCCUAACGGCGGCAGCAACCGACUGAAGUUAUCUAAUUGGUGGUGUCCUUCGGUUCGUAGCUGUCUCUCGGAAGGCAGCACUUAAUGCUUCCUGUACAAUGUGUUCCCCUGGUCUCGUCAUCCCCGAUACCCCUUUAAUCAUUGCCCAUACCGGUCCCCCUGUUACGAACCGAAGGGCAGUUGAGUUCCGUGAUUCGAUUGUGUCUCGUGUACCAGCACGAUCGCUAUUCCGGAAUCGGGAAAAUUAGAUGAAGCCACCAUGCUAGCGCACUUAAUUCUAGUAGCACAAUCGAAUUCGGCCUCCGCGCAUCGAUUGGAGAGCUCGCUUUCCGAUGUGGAAGACACGUUACCAAGCACACGGCCGUGAAGUGGAUGACCAUGGAGCAGUUGCUUGGAAGGAAACAACCGUGGUCCAAACUCCAAAGUCCUACGCAGGGCACGUGGAGGAGCCCUUUAAGUGGAGGGAUUGCGAUUCUUUGCUGCUCAUUGCAACGAUGCGUCCCCGUGUGCUCCAAACCGUAGAUUUAGGUGAACACCAAUUGGAAGAAAGAAACAAAACAGAACUGAACUGAACUGCAACCGCUCGCGGUCCCUCGUGGCCUGAGCUUCUAGGGUAUGUCGUAGUGUGUAAGGAUGCAAAAUACUAGGUUUAUUUUCUAUUUCGUAAUCGAUGACCGUAUUCGACGGCAACCUCGUUUACGUUUGGGACCUACAUAGGAUCGCGUGCGGCUCAUUAUGUCACAACACAUUAGAUGAACUGAAAGGUCGACACGAUAGGGAACGUCGUCCCCCAACAGUAGAAGUAGAGGAAGUGAACCAUCCUCCUACGGUGGCAUGUAUAUAGACUCAACACACCACUACUCCCGUUCGCAGAAAGCGCACCUAGAAGGAUUUUCGACCGAAGGUGUCGAUAGCAUUAACAAUAAUUACCACGUGUUCCGCUCGGGCGGGAAACAAUGUUUGUAUUAGAUUCAUCAACUUGCUGUUGUUACGUUAAGAAAGUAAAAGAGAUAUAGAGACACACAGAGAGAGAAAGAACGCGCGAGUGUCUCAAUUGCCUUAAAACUAACUAUUGGCAUCACAGCAUGAAUGGACGAGGGUGUGUGAAAAGCAAUAGAUCUUAUGGUAAAUAGGUGCAGGAACACAGGUGAGAAACCGUGGAGCUUUGGUGAUGUUUUCGAUAGCUGACAAACAAGACGUAAAAGGAAUGGUCCUGACGCCGGGACUGGAUUGACUGAAAAACUACGAUUGACGGGAGUUGAUUUGAAGUUCUACCAUUACCGUCUCGUAAAAACGGAAGAAAGCAUUCUCUCAACUCCCCGGUUAAGUUACGUUUCUUAUCUGAAUUGCCCAACAACUAACAGCAUUCAUUCGUCUUAUAGACUCUUUUAAGGAGUAAACUUCCGAGUACCGUUGCGCGUAAUGAAAUGAAAUCAUUUGAGCCAAAUUGGUUAGAAAAUGCGUUUAGUAUUUUGCGAACAAAGCAAGGAAAUAUUUAUUGGUCGAUUUUUCUGUAUAUUCGGUUGUUUGUUUUCUCCUUUUCCUUAGCAAAACACAAGGCGGAGAACGGAAAGAAUGAAAUGUUAAUAAACAUAAUGAAACAAACAUGAAUGUUUU